AUGAUUCAGCUCGAAUUCACAACGACCGACAUUCAGAACAGCAUACUGUCCGAUGAAGAGGACAAGUUCUACUACGAGAUCCUAUCUCCAGAAUGGCAGCCACAUGUAACGACAUUGAAGCGAUUAGAUUCGGCGACCGGGAAAUACGUGAAUGUCGCCGAGAUAGAGAAUACGCUCGACAGAAAGAGCCGGCCGGCCGCUGUGAAGAUAGUUGGCGAGCCAUCUAAACUACUGGACGAAUUCUUGCAACCAGUAGAGGACGGAAGGUUGCCAUCUAUUGCACUGGCCGAGCAAACUUAUUCUGUCGUCCAUCAUCGCGAGAAGAAAUUCGCCCCGCUGUUCAGCACCACGGGGAAUCCGAAACUAGAUGUUGACCCUUCCCUUAGCGACAUCAUGGAUUUCAUCGUCCUCUCAUUCAUUGUCGUGGAACGCCUGCGUCGCUACAAUGCAGGAUAUCUAUCCUUCUGA